AUGAAUUCAAAUGUGGAGCUAGACAACCAAUCCACAUCAACUUACACCCACGAAACGAAUUCUGAUCUUCAUCUUCUCUAUGACUAUCUUACCGAUAUAAAAUUCACACCAUCAGACAUCAAUUCAGUAAUUCGUAUUUUUGAAGAAAAUGCUAUCAGAAGUAUUGCUGUUCUAAAUUUAUUUGAUGAUGAAGAGAUCAUGUCAUUUGCACUUCCAAAAUCCAUCAUCAAAGCAGUGAUUUCUUUCCGAAUGCAAUCCGAAAAUGAUAAAUCCAAACCAAAGAUUUCACGUAAAAACAAGAUUAUGACUGAAGAUGAUGUCAAACAAAUGUUCAUAACAAAAGAGCUUGAAUGGAAUCAAAAAUUCGCAAAACAUAACAUUGAAGUGAAAUUUUUCUCCACAAAGGGCAAAUAUUACUGCCCCAUUCGUGAUAACUAUUUUACACUACCACCUAAUGCAAAAAUUAGUAAUGCAUCGAGUACAUAUAAGGGUUUAUCACGAAAAACUUCAUCUAUUUCAAUUGAAAAAUCCAAAAUAAUUGCUCGUCUAGCUAAAUUUUAUGAAGCAACUAAAUCUUUGAAUGAAAAGCAAGCAAAAUCUGUAGCAGAAAAAGCAUUAUUGAAUUAUGAUUUAAUUGAGGAACUAAAGAAAUGGGAGAGCUCUCCUGAAGGUAAAAAACGAAAAUUUGUGGAAUCGUUCGCAUCUUCCUCAAAGAAAAAGAAACAAAUCAAUGAUGAAGACAACGAUAACAAUACCGACAUCGAAGAUGAUAAUGAGUCAAUUUAUACUUCGACUUCAAGAACCCAAUUACACGCGCACAAAUAUGAAGUAUUGCAGAGCCUGGUAUUAGAAAAAGAUGAUAAUACUUCUCAUGAAAUUCUUAAUAAUAUCACAGAUCUAUUGAACACUCCUAUUCAAUCUCUCUCGACAAUACAACUAACAAAAAUUGAAAUGAUUGAAAAUAUUCUCAAACAGCGACCAAGAUUCUCUCAAGAAGUGACAGCUGCUUUAAAUUUUGCUCACCAUCACCAAAAUCCAUCAAAAGCAUUUAAAACGAUAGGAAUCCCUCUCCCGAGUACACAGACCUUGAAAAGAAAUAGAAUGGUGUUGAUGAAUAGUUUUUUGGAUGAUUUAUUGGAUGAUGCAUUAACCUUUUUCAAUAUUCAAAAUAAUUGUCAUAUUGGGUGUUUAAGUAUUGACGCUACCGCCAUUAAUCAAGAAAUCACCAUUAAUCACCAAAAAAACAUGAUUUUUGGAUUUGAAGAACACAUUUCAAUAACACACAUAGAAGACUGGCAAGAAUUUCUGAAAGGUAUUGGAGAAAAUCACUUCACCUAUGCUUCAAAUAUGGUUACCAUACACCUCUCAUCGUGCACGGAUUGGAAAAACACCAAUGCCUUUAUUUUGAAAGCUAUACCACGGUCUAAUUAUACAUCCUUAAACAUCCAAGCAUGGAUUGAUCCAAUUGUGGAUUAUUUGAAACAGAGGAAUUUUGAAAUUUAUAAUAUUUCAGCAGAUUUUGCUGCAGAACAUGCCACUUUUUUUGGUCAACAAUUUGAGCUAAUGUUUGGAUUUUCUCAGACUGUAUUUAAACCAUUACCAUUCUUAAACAUUGGUGACCAAUAUUUGAAAGAAGUGUUGAUCCCUAUUCCAGAUAUACGUCACCUCCAAAGAAACCUGACGAAUCAAUUAAUUUCUCCCAAAAGAUUGAUUACAGUUGGUACAUUCGCAUGCUGCUUCAAUGACAUUUCUGAUUUACAUUCUAAUGAUAUUUCAACAACUCGAAUCUCUUUUCCAAAUGAUUUUUUUAAUCUCAACAAUAAGCAAAACCAAGAAAGAGCAGAUUUUUUAAUAUCAGAUUUAUGUAUUACUGCUUUGAAAAAGAACAUGGAUGCUUUUGGUAUGGUGUAUAUCUUGCAAGCCAUUCAAGAUGUUACAAUGUCCAUCAAAAGAAAAGAUUUGAACUCAUUUCAACGUUUGAGGCUUGUAUGUAGAGGUGGUUGGUUUCUCUUGCUUCAAGCACAUUUCGCAAUUUUUCAAAACAAUUAUGGAUCCGAUCAUACAUUUAGUAGACAAUCUAUUAAUGCUGUGUGCUAUUUAAUGAUCGGUUUGUGUUUGACAAUGUAUAGAGUUCAAUCAUCAUCCAACAACAGAGUAUUUUUGCCUUUUCAACUGCAAGAAUAUAUGAUCGAGAAUUUUUAUGGAGUGGCUCGACAAUAUUGUGGCUCUAACACCAAUCUGAACGCUGAAAAUUUCUUGAAUGCUCUCAAUAAUUUUUUAAGUGCCUUAAUUGUUGGAUUACAAUUCAACAAAGAGAAAGAUCAAUCCACAAGAUUACCAUAUGAGUAUUAUUGUUGCUUCCCAUCACCAGAACAUAUUAAUUAUAUUGUUAUUGGUGAAUUUGAAAGAGCAUGUCGCACUUUUGCCAUGCUUUCAGAUGCUGAAUAUGAAGCUCCAACCAUUCAUACUCUAUUGUUUAAUUUGAAUAUACCUGGUAUUGAAGUUUUACUUACAAAAGAAUUCAAAUUGAAACAAUAUUCGAAUAAUGACAUUGUGGAAUUUGAUAAAUUGGAGCAGCAAUGGAACAGAACACAUCAACCACACAACAUGCUGCAAAAUUUCAAAAACAAACAAUCCAAUGCACAUAUCACCAUUGGAGGAAUUAUCUAUCACAAACAACAAUUGAUACGUCAAGUAACAUUUAGUCACAAAACUUCUUGUGAUGUUUCGAGAUAUAGAAGGUUCGAUAAGAGAAAACCUAACACUAUCUCACAACAAUCAAACUCCCUCUCAUGGCAACUCUAUUCUCAACUGACUUCUCAAGAACAAAUUGAAAAACCAGAAGCAAAUCAGACUAUCAAUUCCGAAUAUUUAAGCAUUGGUGAUUAUGUUCUCCAAUUAGAUGAAAACAAUCAUGUCUUCAUCUGCCAAAUUAAGCAAAUCAAACAGUGGACAAAAAGGACUAAGAAGAACAAAAAACCUUUGCCAGGAUGGGAAGGAGAAGAUUAUUUAUAUUCUAUCAAAUGGGAAUACCGAAGAGAUACUAAAAUGGGAGAGCUCAAUACUUUUAGAUUUUUCAUGAAAACUUUUGUUGUGAAUGAAGCAGAUUGCAGAUUGAUAGACGUUUCUAAAGAUUUUACACAAUAUUAUGAGGAAUUUACUUCGUUUCCAAGAACCGUCAUUGUGGAGAACGGUUUUUUAGUAAGCAAAAUAAACUGA